AUGUCUUCCUCCCGGCCAACAACCAGUCAUUUGGGAACUGUGCAUUGGAGAAAGGUGCUGCGAGCGUCAGUUGCGCGCCACCAUCGACUCUCUCGACCAAACAGAACAAUCAUGCUGAAAGAAUAUACCUACCCUCGUUCAUCAUCGCUCUUUUACUUCUAUCGAGCAUUGGGCUUACUCCGUGAUCUGCCGACUCCCUCUCAUUUCGCUGUCAAUACAAUACCCACUGUACUAUUUGAAUCUCCACCAUCAAGACUUCGAACAGGUUCUAUCGACGAGUUUAAGCUAGGAAGCAGCAACAUCGGCAACACUGGGGACAGGAGCAAAUGCAGGCGGCCUGCUAUUCAAGGCUCGCCUAUCUCGAUCCAGGCGACGACCUGGGCGACCCCUCAGCAGGUCGUCACGAGGCUUGACACAUCUGUGUCUAGAGUGGGGACUUCUCCCAACUUUAAAGACCUUGAACUUGAGCCCAUACCAUCGGCGGCGCAUCGAGUACAAAACUACCGUGCGUCUCUAAUACAAAUUCAAGACGAAUAUAUGUCAUUUAAGGAGCAGUUGGCAGCCCAGAGGGCCGCCCUAAUGAAAGACGCCGCAGAUCUGCGCAAAACUCUCCAAGAUCAGCACCAGCAAGUAGCGCAAGAACGCUCAAAACGCCUCAAAACAUCCGCGGCGCAUGCCAUGAUAGUAAAGAGACGAAUUGAGGUCUUGCAGCGCCGACUGGCGAAACGGAGAGUGAUAGAAGAGCUCGAAGCGUGCGACAUUACUCUGCAACACCUCAAUAGCCUCAUUGUCGAGGGUGCCGAGAAUGAUAUGACCCGGACUGAAAGGAGAAAUUCUAGAGGAUAUCGGGACACGACGCUUGUCCGAAUGCUGCGCUUCCGCCCGGCCGGUCAACAUCGUGACUCCGAGUCGCCCGACGUUCGGAUCGCAUAUAGCCAAGCUCGUCAGCGACUGACAGACGACCAAUGGGCCUUUGCGGAUGCCUUGCUAAAGAAGAAAAAUGCACUGAGCGAAGUCCGAGAUGUCAUUCAGCGACCCCGACUCGGCCUAGCUGCCUAUAAGGCCGGUAUGACAUCCAUGUUUCCCCAGUUUUCGCAACAAUACGAAGCGAUCAUCGCUGAAAAGGGUCCUCGUAAAAGAAACCGUUGUCUUCUUGCAGAGGAGUAUUCACCGGAUUCUGUGGCGAGUUUGGAGGAGGACAUGGGGCUAAUGAAUGGGCUUUUAAAAACAUUGUGCGCAUAG